ACAGCUGCACGUUACGAGUGUAGUAAACAUUGUAGGUCGCAUUAACAUUUCCAUUUAAAAUUUAAUGCAUAGAAUUUAAGGAAAGCGUUUUGUGAUAUGAUGAGCAGUUUGAACUUCUGGUUUUGUGCUGGAGCUGCUGCUUUAGUUUUAGCUGGAACAUAUAUAUUCUGGGGACCUUCCAAUCGACCAAAGAGGAGGAAAAAAGGUUACAUUCCAGGCAUGAUCAAUUUAGGCAACUCGUGCUUUCUUAAUGCUGUUCUUCAAGCAUUAGCUUCCUGUACUCCUUGCAUUGUGUGGCUUGAGGAAAUUCUUUCAUCUGCAUCUGAAACAAUGGCUGAGAAUUUACUUUUGAUAAAAUCGCUUGCAUCUAUUCUUAACAGAUUGAAUAACAGUGAAGAGAUUUGUAAUGCUGCACAAGUCAUUGAAGCAUUACGCAGCCAUCGAUGGAUUAUCACAAAUGAAGAGCAGGAUGCUCAUGAGCUUUUUCAUGUAUUAACAACUACGAUAGAGGAAGAAUUGAUGGCGCGAAAACCUGUGUUGUCUCUGUUAGAUGCUGGAAAAUUAGAGAAUACCCAAAAGGAAGAAAAUAGUAGCAGAUCUGAAAAAUCAUUCGUGUCAAAACAAAGCUCAUCUUCAAAAGUAGCAUCACCUCUUGCUGGAUUGUUAGUUAGUGAAUUAAAAUGUAAUUCUUGUAAUUCAAAGUACCCAACAAGAUGUGAUAGUUUUGAUAGUAUAUCUCUUGGGAUCCCAUCUUCUCAUUAUGGACAAAUUACGUUGCAAGAUUUGUUGCUUAAGUUCAUUUCUUGUGAGUUAGUUCAAGACGUUGCUUGUGACUUUUGCUCCAAACAAAAUGAAAAUUCACCAGAACCUGCAUCUGAAUUUAAAUCUGUGUUUAGCAAACAACUAAGUUUUGGGAAGUUGCCUAAGUGCUUAUGCAUUCAUAUUCCAAGAACAGCAUGGCUCAGAAAUGGUCUUUCAGUGAAAUGUUAUGAUUAUGUGGCCUUUCCAGAAAUUUUAAUCAUGGAUCAUUUCGUCCACUGUCACAUGAUGAAGAACAAACACCUCGGUGCAAAUUACACACGACUGAGACUUACUGGUGGAAGUACUGUAAAAAGAACAUUUCAAGAUGGAAUAGAUUUCAACAGCACAACUUGGGACAGAAUUACUAAGUUUUCUGAAGCAGUUGAUUCUUCCAUGAAUGAAAGUUCUUCUAUUGUUUCAGAAAGAGAUGAAUAUUUAUCCUCCUACAAUUACGUGUAUCUGCUUAAAGCUGUGAUUGUACAUCUAGGUGAUACCACCUCCGGGCAUUUUAUAACAUAUAGGCGUGGGCCAGCAAAGUCCUCAAACGAAAGUACUUGGUUUUGUGUCUCAGAUUCUGAGGUUAAAGAAGUCUCUUUGUCGGACGUUUUCAGAUCAUGUGCGUAUAUGCUGUUUUAUGAAAAGAUAAAAUGAGCUUUUAAGAGUUUUAUGCUUAGCGAUUUGCAAUUGAUUUUUGUCAAAACUCCAUCAGGGAAAAAUGUAGCCAAAUUCUGAGUUGAAACUAAUUAUUCAUCAAUGCACAGAUUUUAAAUUCAGCUGUGAAUUAAGCAAUAAAUUUAAACACUAAAUUAUAUUCCAGUUGUUGUUUUGUAAACAAAUACAUUUAAAAAAUUUAAUGUAAAAAUCUCAAACUUUAUUAUUUAUAGAUUUCUAGAAUCAUGGGUAGGGUUGUACUGUGAUCUUCAAGGACAUUGGGCAUAAAAUUUCUUGGUUGCCCCCUUCUCUUAAAAUUUUUAAGAAGCACAUUUUUUUAGAUUUAAUAUUCACACCUUGCUUUAGUGCAGUAUGAAACAACUCUAUUUUUUAAAAACUUAUCUGCAGAUUUGGUGCCCAUGCUUUAAUAUUGCUCUGAUCUGUGUGUAUCCAGAAUCAUAGCUAUCAUACAUCAGGAUAUAUCUUGUACACCUUCUCGGCAAGCUUCUAAUGUCUAAAAUAGGCAUUUUAUGGGGAGCAGUGUUUGGCUGUAUACACAGUGAACAUCCCUCCCCUGAGAGUAAUAUCCCUACCGCACUGAAACAAUAUCUGAAUUUAUCAAGUCUACUUGGAUAAAUCAAUGUUAGUUCAAGGAAAACGGAACUAUUUAAGAGAUAGAAAAGUUAAAGUUUUUUUUACCUAACUCUUUUUUUUUACUUGAAAAUAAAUGAACUAACAUGGUCAGUGAAAUGUAUAUCAAACAGUCAAUUAAAUGAGGUCAUUUUGUGCAUUGUACACAAUGUUAAAUAGGACAUUAUUUUCUUAGCAUUUUACAUAAAAUAUCGACAAAACAUCUGCAAAAAUAACUCAAUAAGGAAUUGUAAAAACAAGUUGCUUAAAAUAAAUAAUUAAAAAUGUCACAGCCAUGAAAAUAGUGAAUUUUGCUCAGUUGUGCUUCAGUUCUUUCCAUUUUCUCCAAAACUGUAAUAAAUAAUAUUCUCCAAUCAAAAAUUCCGAAGAUUUUGCUCUAUUUAUCUUUACAAUUUAGUCAAGAUUCAAGAAGUUUCUCAGAGUGAAACACAUUGAAGCUUUACCACAAUUCAAAUAUUUUUUCCAGUGGUGUAAGAACAAAAAUCAAGUUAUAAGUUAUUCAAAUUAUCAGCAAACUCAAACAAACAUAAAUUUUACUAUAUAAAAUUUUCUUCUGACUCAAAUUCUAUUUUUGUUACCUAGUAAAAAAAUAUAAUAGAAAAUGAAUUCAAAAAAUUUGAUUAGGUGCUAAAGUUUCACUUUCAUAAAUCAGGUUUUUUUUUUUUUUUGGCAAGAAGAAGUUUGAUUUUUUUCAAAACUAUGUAAAAAGAUCAAAGCCAAAACUAAAACAAAGCAAAUUUAUGAAGCAAUCUUUUUCAUUUAAUGGCCAUUUUAAAGCUGUGUCUGAAACAUUUGCAAACAACUUUUUAAUAAAAACUUUUUCGAUAUUGCAUUGUAUUAAAGUGCUACAUUUGAACAGACGUUCAGAUGAAGAAAUUUUUCCUUCAAAUAUUGAUGGGUUAAUGUCUGUUAACCAAUUGCAUGAUUGGAGAAGGACCUCACAUUGUUUUAUAUUUAAUCAAUUUAAUAUAAUUUUUCCAUCAUAUUUGUCACUGACAUAAAUUUUGUUCAUUUAAAGUAACAUAUUAGCCAUAACAAGUCUUAACAAAGGUUGGACUGCAUUCUAAAAUUAAGAAUAUUAUCUGAAAUUAAGAACAAGUUUGUACGAUAAAGUGCAUGGUUUUCCUAAUUGAAAUUAUCAAUUUCAUUGGCAGUUCUUUCGCUCAGUUUUUUGUGAUACAUAUAUUGACGCAGUUUUUGAAAAGUGUAUCAAUAUCUGAAUGGUAAAGUACUUAAUUUGAUAUACUUAUUGUAUAUAUUUUACUUCAUUUCAGUGAAUUUAUGUUAUUUGCUAUUAAUUUGUCACUAUACUUAUAUUAUUAUUACCAUUAUUAUUUUUGUUUCGACCUAAGAUUUACAUGUAAUUUUGCCAUGCUCUAAACUUAUUUGAUAAUUAAAAAGAUUAUAACCCUUUUUUUAAAAGUUAUAAAAUGCUUCUUGUUUUAUUCCGCUUUUGCUUUAUGGUAUGAAAUUAGAAAUAAUCUUGUAUAAAGUGACAAGAUAUGUAACUUUGUACAUUGUAUACUGUAAAAGCACUAUUUUUGCAAAGCCAUUGCAAUGGAGAAAAUUUAAGCCUCACAAAAUAUCCUUUUUUCAACUUUUGGUUCUGUUCUUUAAAAAAUCAGGAUAUUUUCAGCUCGCAAUAUCACAGAUAUUUUGAUUUUCUCGAAAAUUAAGGCUCGCGAAAAUUUGUGCUUUCAUAGUACUUGAAUAAAACCAAUGUUAGUAAGACUCAAAUUUGCACAAUGAAAAGCACAUACCUGUGCGGAUUUACAAAGGGGAAUUUCUUAGUGAGAGAAAAAUCAAUUACACGAAAAAAAAAAAAAAGAAAA